AUGCCCGUGCCCUCAUCUACCCGAGCAUGGUCUGUCACUGGUGUUCACCAAGACAGCUUUGCUGGCCUGGAGCUUGCCGAAAAUGUUCCCGUUCCUCAGCUAUGCGAACAUGAUGUGCUUGUUGAAGUUCAAGCCGUAUCUCUUAAUUAUCGCGACCUUGCCAUUCCCAAGGGUCUUUAUCCGUUUGCCAUGAAGACUCCUGUUAUUGCUGGUUCUGAUGGUGCUGGCAAAGUGCUGGCUGUUGGCUCCAAGGUUAUUGAUUUCGCCGUCGGCGACAGCGUCUGUACCCUUUUCAAUGAGCUUCAUCAGAACAACCCUAUCACCCCUGAGGCUGUAGGCAGUGGUCUUGGCGGUGCAGUUGAUGGCACACUCCGCAAAUACGCUGUCUUCCCCGAUCACGGCCUCGUUCAGGCUCCUUCUUCUCUCAACGCUAUUGAGGCUAGCACCCUGACCUGCGCUCCUCUCACCGCAUGGAACGCUCUAUACGGUGUUCAGUCCAAGGCCAUCAAAGCUGGCGAUUGGGUCCUGACCCAGGGCACCGGUGGCGUUAGUUUGGCUGCUAUUCAGUUUGCUGCCGCCGCUGGUGCUACCGUCGUUUCCACUACUUCCUCCAACGAUAAGGCUGAGGCUUUGAAGAAUCUUGGUGCUAGCCAUGUUCUGAACUACCGCGAAGACCCUAACUGGGGGGAGUCUGCCCGUGCCCUGACUCCUAAGGGUCUCGGUUUCGACCAUAUUUUGGAGAUUGGCGGUGCUGCCACUGUUGCCCAGUCCCUCAAGGCUAUCAAGCUGGAGGGACUUAUCACGAUUAUUGGAUUUCUUACAUCCGCUGACAGCGAUAAACAGCCUCCUCUGAUGGAUGCGCUGAACCAUAUUUGUAUGGUGCGAGGUGUUUUCGUCGGUUCUAAGCAGCAGUUCGUUGAGAUGAACCGGGCCAUUGACUCGGCCAAGAUUCAUCCUGUUGUCGAUAGCAAGAUCUUCUCCUUCGAUGACGCCCAGGCUGCUUACGAGUGGGCUCAGGGAAUUCGACAUGUUUCUCCUCAAACCAAGAUCUGGAUCCAGCUUGGAGAUAUGUCUUCUGCAUUAGAAGCUGCUAAGAUCUGUCAACCAGACGCCUUGGUUCUGCAGGGUAGUGAUGCCGGUGGCCAUGGACAUGCUCACGGCGCAAGUCUCAUCACUCUCAUUCCCGAAGUCGUUGACGCCCUAGAAAAUGAGGGUAUUGCUAAUAUUCCGCUGAUCGCAGCCGGUGGUAUCAUGGAUGGUAGAAGCGCUGCAGCAGCGGUGAUGCUUGGAGCCUCAGGUGUGGUUAUGGGAACAAGAUAUCUCGGCGCCAAAGAAGCCAACUUUGAUGCCAAUGUUCGCGAAGCAGUCUUUUCAACUACCGAUGCUGGAAAGGCUACUGUACGGUCACGAUUGUUUGACGACAUCUGGGACGGAACUUCUGGCCUGAAGACCGCCAAUCUAACAUUUUCCGGACCUGCAAGCUUUUUACGAACGCCAGUCACGGUACCACGAAGGAUGCAGGAUUCAGAACAUUCGUUCCUGCCAGACGUCGACUCGCUAGGGUUGUACGGGCAGCAGGCCCUCCGCGAGCCCAAUGUGGUCGGCAAUGGCACCAGCCUUGCUGCCGUCGCAGCAGCCGCAUGGCGUGUUUCAACUGCCGUUCAGCGAGGCAUCGAUGUGAUCGCCUGGAUCCAUGCCCUUGAAGCUCACGCUGCGCUUCACAUAACCAACCGUGUAGUUAUCCAUCCAUUUCUCACCGUGGGCGCAAGCCGGGAAGCUCUAAGUGAGAACUCCAACUUUUCCGAAACCUCGCAGAGCCGAGUAUCCCUCGCUGCUAACCCCUCCGAUAGCAAACCGGAUACGGUUGAGAAGCUCUUGUUGCGCAUCAGCGAGAGCCCGGUGGGUGACCAAGUAGUCCAAGCCAUUCUGAACUCGGCAGCGGCAGCCUCGUCCACAUCUCCGGCAACAGUGCCAACAACUCACCAGAGCGUUCCGCAUGAAUCAUCGCGCAUUUCGGAGUCUACGACGACAGAACAACUUACCUUACCUGAUGGGCCUUGCCAGACACGUUGCACCCAUGCUACGGAGCCCAAGGCUCAACCGUCGACAGUGUCUCCUCUUGAUAUCCUCGCGGUUGCGGUUGACGCAGUCAGUGCACCCACUGACUCUGACUCUGAGCAUCCAACCCUCACAUCGCCGUCACACUCAUAA